ACGAGUUUGAUCGAUUGAAAAAAAUAAAGGAUUUUGUGUGCUUCCCUCCUCACAUGAUAUCAAUUGUAUUGUCUCGAUCGAUCGAGCUUAUACGAUGAAACGGGCAUGGGUUGUGGUCGUGGUCGUGGUCGUGGUAGUGGGGCAUAUGAUGGGUGUGGCGGAGGGCCUGGGCGUUAACUGGGGAAACCAGGCGGCCCAAAACCUACACCCUAGAAAUAUUGUACAAAUGCUAAAGGAUAACAAUAUUACUAAGGUUAAAUUGUUUGAUUCUGAUGCUUGGGUUGUGAAACAUUUUGCUGGGACAGGAAUUGAAGUGAUGCUUGGUAUUCCUAACCUGCAUUUGGCCUCUUUAGCUGAUAGAUAUAAGCAUGCUCAGGAAUGGGUGAAGGCCAAUCUCACUAGGCAUCUCUAUGAGGGUGGUGUUGAUAUCAAGUACGUGGCGGUCGGAAACGAGCCAUUCUUGAAAGCCUAUAACGGGUCCAACUUGCAGACAACUUAUCCAGCGCUUUGGAACAUCCAAAAGGCGAUAAACGAAGCCGGGCACGGCGACAAAAUCAAGGCGACAAUCCCCCAAAACGCCGACGUUUACGACUCUGGAACCAAAGGCCCGUCGGCCGGUGACUUCCGCCCUGACAUCAGAGCCACGAUGAAGCAGAUUGUGCAGUUCCUACGCGACAACAAUGCUCCUUUCGUCGUCAACAUCUACCCUUUCCUCAGCCUAUCUCUCAACCCCGAUUUCCCGAUCGAAUUCGCCUUCUUCAGCGGCGGAGCGAAACCCGUGCAAGACGGCCAGAUCACAUACGACAACGUGCUGGACGCGAACCUGGACACCCUGGUGUGGUCACUGCGGAGAGCCAACUGCGGAAAUGUCCCCAUCAUCGUCGGCGAGAUCGGAUGGCCCACCGACGGCGACAAAUACGCCACGGUGGAUUUGGCGAAGAAAUUCUACGACGGAUUUUUAAAGAAGAUCUCAAAAAGUAAAGGGACGCCACUUUACAAAGAGGAAAUCGAGUAUUACCUUUUCGGGUUAACGGAUGAGAACAUGAAGAGCAUUGCGCCCGGUGACUUCGAGCGCAAUUGGGGCAUUUACAGGUACGACGGGCAGCCUAAGUUCCCAAUGGACUUCGCGGGAAUCAGCAAGAUGCCCGUUGGGGCGAAGAACGUCAAGUACUUGGAAAAGAAAUGGUGCGUCUACGCCAGCAACGGUGAAACCCCGGACCAGAUCGCCGCCAGCAUGGAGUACGCCUGCACCCACGGAGACUGCACGGCGCUCAACUACGGGGGGCCUUGUAGUAAACUGGAUAACUCGACCAAGAUUUCCUACGCAUACAACAUGUUGUUUCAGAUGAUGUAUCAAGAUGUGGAAACGUGCGAUUUUGGCGGGCUUGCGAAGAUCGUCACGAGGAAUGCUUCCGUUGGAAAUUGCCUCUUCCCCAUCGCGUUGGAUACCGAUUGGGCGUGGAGAGUCGGGACGGACGUGACCUUCAGUUUUGUGCUGGCCUGCUUCGUGUCGUUGUUGUUGUUGUGAUCGGGAGAAUUGUGUUGUGAUGUUGAAACGAGGUGUGGAGUAUGAUAUAAGAUCAUCAUUCUAUUUCUAA